AUGGGUACGGUCUCCCAAGGACCAAUAAAGCAAAAAGAAUAUGAUCGCUACUACAAAACGAUGUCAAAGAGCGAUUUCGUUCAAGGCAAGAAGUUAAAGGCGUUGAUUCAACGCGAAACAUUAGACGAUGCAAGCACUGACUCACUUGCGAAUUUGUUUCAGCAAGUGAUGGGAAAGUGUCGUGAGUAUGAGUAUGAUCAAAUUACAUAA